AUGGGUAACGCACAUUCUAUUAAAGCUGAGCAGAAGAAAAUGGAGCUCAAUGAUGAAAUUCGCAAUCGAGAAAUUGCGCAUAAGGAAAAGCAAUUAGAAUUUGAAAAAUCGAAAGCAGAUUUUGAACAUGCCAAUGAAAAGAAAAAGAAUGAACUCAACGAAGAAGCUGAUAAGCAAAAGGCUGAAAUUGAAAAAAGGAAACUUGAAAAUGAGGCUGAAAUUGAAAAAAAGAAAAUUGAAACCGAAAUUGAAGCUGCAAAGAAUAAGCAUGAAUUAGAAAAAGGAAAAGCUGUUAUGGAGCAUCGACACAAAAUUUCUGAAUUAAUAAUGCAAAUACAACAAACAAAGCAACAAAAUGGGAAAGAUAUUUUAUUAUACUUCUUUUACUCGUUG